AUGUUCGGCUCUCUCCUGUUCGCCGUUGCGUUUGCGGCGACCAGUGUUUCGGCUGCUGCUGUCCCGUGCAACUACACCGCGGAUUCGUUCAUUGGCGAAAAGUCCCCCAGUACCAACCUUCAUGCGAGGGCUCCUGGCCAGGUUAUCACCCAGUGCACAGUUCCCGGAACUGCUGCCCUUACCUUUGACGAUGGCCCAUGGUGGUUCCUCUACGACAUCAGCAAACAGCUUAUCGCCGAGGGUGGAAAGGGAACGUUUUUCUUCAAUGGCGGAAGUGCGGGCUGCAUUUACAAUGCAGAUCAGGCGAAGCGCGUGAAGUACGCGUUCGACAAGGGCCACCAGGUUGCUUCCCAUACCUGGUCUCACAAAGAUCUCGCCACGCUCAACUGGGACCAAAUUCAUCACGAAUUCUGGCUUGUCGAAGAGGCCCUUAUGAAGAUUACGGGCGCCUACCCCGCUUUCGUUCGUCCUCCGUAUGGCUCUUACAACGAUUUGGUGAAGGAAGUCGCCCGGGUUAGGGGCCAAGCCAUUGCGCUUUGGGACUUCGAUUCGAAUGAUUGGCAACAGACUGCGGACCAAAUCAACGCUCAGUACACCAGCUUGGCGAACUCGCGUCCCAGCUCUGUCCUCGCCCUCAAUCACGAAGUAUAUCAGCACACCGCUCAUGUCGUUGUUCCUCACGCCAUCCGGGUUUUGAAGAACGCAGGUUACCGCUUGGUCACUCUUGCUGAGUGUGUGGGACAGCAGCCUUACCAGUGGGUCGGCAACCCCUUCCCUCGAGAUGCUACCUGGACAUGCGAAGGCAAGUAA